GCGUUCUUUGUUUCCUUAACACUAAAAAAUAUCAUACGCACACGUCAACAUGGCUAGUAAUAAUAUACUAGUAUAUAUACUUGUGUAUUUCACUGUAAUUGCUGAAGUUUAUGCUCUUGAUGAAUGUAAAGACACGAAAAAUGUACCGGUAUGUAAAGAAAAUGAGAAAUAUUGUUUCAACGCACCCUCCACAUGGAGAAUUUUCAUGGAGAAAGUGUGUAUGUCUACCUGCAGAUAUUGUAUAACAGAAAAUGUAGCUAUAGGCAGGAAUACCACGCAGAGCUCAUAUUCUGACCAGAUUGUAUAUAAUUCAUUUAAUGCUGUAGAUGGUGAAAGUCACGAUAAAUAUGGAUCUUGCUCACUUACAAAUACACGUAAUCGUAUGAAAUCAUGGUGGUGUGUUGAUUUACAGAAGCAAUAUAAAUUCAAAGAAAUCCGUGUUUAUGGCGGCACUAAUGCUAUAGUCAGCCUGUCUAAUUUUACUGUAAUUAUCAGUGAUAAUGGUAGUUGUGAUGAAGCAACUCUUAGAUCAUCACAAGUUUGUUAUAAAGAUCCUGGUAGUAAUAGAAAUCCGUAUAGUAUAGAUAGAUGUGAUGAACGGAAUGUAGAUUUUAAUGGACGGAUUGUAUUUAUAACAACAGGCAUGGAAUAUAGACCUCUAGGAUUAUGUGAAGUAGAGGUUUAUUCAGCUCGAUGUUCAGACGGAUAUUAUGAAACAUCUAGAGGAAGUUGUACACGUUGUAACUGUGAUGCGAGACCAUGCGACCCUGAUACGGGACGUUGUUUAAAGAAAUGCGCUAUAAAUUGUAAGAAUGAUAAAUGUGAUGUUGAUGGUAGAUGUACAGAUGGCUGUAAUGUUGGAUUCUAUGGUUCUGAUUGUAUGGGCGAAUGUAGCCCAAACUGUAAAGACAAUAUUUGCUACGGAAUUGGCGUUUGUUCAGCUUGUAGAGACGGAUUUUAUGGCAAUGUCUGUUCAAAGAACUGUUUCAAUUGUAACCCGGGUGGUUGUAAAAGGAUUAGUGGUGUUUGUAUCAAUGGAUGUAAAGACGGAUUCUAUGGUGCUGGUAGAAGGUGUAAGAAAGAAUGCCCAAAUUGUAAUCCAGGUGGAUGUCAAAUGAAAGAUGGAGCUUGUAUUAACGGGUGUAAAGAUGGAUUUUAUGGUAGGAAAUGCGAAUUGAAGUGUUCAACAUGUAAACCUGGUGGGUGUGAUAAGCAGGGUGUUUGUACCAAUGGAUGUCUAGACGGGUUUUAUGGAAGUGAUGGACUAUGUCUUAGAAAAUGUUCAAACUGUCUACCAGGAGGAUGUGAUAAAGAUGGCGGUGUUUGUAUCAGUGGAUGUAUAGAGGGUUGGUAUACAGAUACAUGUAAUACAAGUUGCAGUAGUUAUUGUCAAGGUGGAUGUUAUAGAUCAAAUGGUAUAUGUACAACAUGUUAUUCAGGUAGAUAUGGUGAUUAUUGUCAAUAUGAAUGUAGUAGUUAUUGUCAAGGUGGAUGUGAUAGAUCAAAUGGUAUAUGUACAACAUGUUCUCCAGGUAGAUAUGGUGACUAUUGUCAACAUGAAUGUAGUGAUGGGUGUAUUAGCAGCGUGUGUAGUUUGGAUGGAGUUUGUUUAUGUAAAGCAUCAUAUUAUGGCAAUAAAUGUGAAAGUAGUUGUUCGGAUAAAUGUUUCAACAGAACAUGUCAACUUCAGCCAACAUCUGGUGAUCCGGUAUGUUCAGAUGGGUGUAUUGAUGGUUAUACAGAUUCGUAUUGUCAAACACUAUGCCCAUAUAACUGUGUAACAUGUAACACUACUGACUGUUCUGUUUGUAAACCUGGUUGGUAUGGUAAAAAGUGCCAGACAUCUUGUCAAACAGGAUAUUAUGGACAUUUCUGCAACACCUCUUGCAGGACUACUUGUUUUGAAGGCUGUAGACCAUCGGAUGGAUACUGUAAUGCUUGUAUAGUUGGUUAUUUUGGACGAACAUGUAAUCAAACGUGCAGCAAGACUUGUGAAGGGGGGUGUAAUAGAGAUGGUAAAUGUUUACGAUGUUCAAAAAGCUUUUAUGGUGACUACUGUGACAAGAACUGUAGUAAUAAUUGUAUAGAUUCGGAUUGUGAAGGACCUACUAACUAUCUAAAGUGUUCUAAAGGAUGUGUUGAAGGGAAGACGAGGCAAUAUUGUGACGAAGAUUGUCCUGACACAUGUAUUUACUGUGACCAGUCACGCAGAAAUAUAUGUUCAGCCUGUAAAGAUGGUUGGAGGGGAUCUGACUGUUCUCAGUCUUGUGCUUUGUUAUCUGAAAAUUGUAUUGAGUGUCACCAAGAUCUACCACGUUGUUUAUCCUGCAACUCUGGUUGGUUUGGAAAAAGAUGCAAUGAACGGUGUCCUACAGGUUGUCUUGAUAAUAGCUGUAAUCUUAACGGGACUUGUCAGUCGUGUGCAUCUGGUUAUUUUGGUUACAUAUGUAGUAGCACCUGUCCUAUAGGAUGUUUAGAUAAUAUAUGUAAUAUGGAUGGUACGUGUGAAGCUUGUAAACAUGGACAUUAUGGAAUAACUUGUGGCAAAAAGUGUAGUACCAAUUGUAAGUCUAGCACUGGUUUAACUGUAUGUAAUAUAACAGAUGGUUCAUGUAUGGAUGACUGUGGAGAUGGUACAUCUGGACAUAACUGUACAGGCGGAGAAAACUUUGCUUGUCCGAGUGGCUGGACCAGACACAAUGUACAAUGUAUUAAAGCUGUAGCACAGAUGUUAAACUGGGAAGAGGCGUCAUUAUAUUGCAAAAGCCAAAAAUCCGGCAACUCAUCAUCUCUAAUUGAAAUAAAUAAUGCGGAGACCAAUAACAAAGUUAAAGCUCUUAUAAUUGAUACCGGUGUGGAUUAUUGGAUUAACAUUAGAUCAACAAUAAGUGCGAGAGAAAAAACUGCUAUUACUCACGAGUAUGGUUAUCAACGAACAAGAGUUCUCUAUUCUUACCUUAGCUGGAAUCGGACAGAAACAAAAGUACAGAGUGGAUAUGUUAACUUUGAACAGUUGAUGAGAUCAUAUGAAUACGUGGACACUGAAGAUCGAUGCGGGUAUAUGUCUGAUGAUGGGAAAUGGCACGAUGCUAAAUGUAGAGCUAGGAAAUCGUUUAUUUGCAGUAGAAGUUUAGAUUGUGAAAGGGGGUAUUAUGGUUCAAACUGUGAUGAAGUAUGCCAUUGUUACCAAUCACAAUGCGACCAAUAUACAGGAGUAUGUGACUAUGGAUGUGAACAUGGAUGGAUGGGAUUUAGAUGCGACCAAGUGAAAGUAGCAGCAGACGUGGCAACCUACUGUGUUAAUUCUCCAACCAAAGGUAAAUAUGCUCUGUUAAGAGUUGAUAGAAAAAACGUAAAAUAUGACAAAAUCUACAUCAUCAACGAAUCACAGGAUACAUCAUCAUCUACACCAUGUGAUCAAGGAAUGUUUAACGAGGAUGUUGACGGUGUUUUAAACCUCAAGAUAUUAAUUCAAGAUGAUAAUACAACAUCUCCCAGUUGUUACCAUACAAAGACAGACAGAGGAGUUUUUAAAUGGGCAUUAAGAACAGAAGAAGUGUCUGGUUUCUUUAGUUACUAUGACAGAUUAUAUGAACUGAGUUGUGAUUUUACAGCAGCAGAAACUCUGUCAAGAAAUAACAAACAGGCUAUAAGUGGUAUAUAUGAACCCAGCAAAGUAAACAUCACCCAGACUACCGAGGACGUCCAGCUAUUCAUUCAGAACCCAGCAACAACCAGUCGUGUUUCUCAAGUACAGAUUGGCUCCAGAAUUCAACUGGCAAUGCUAUUAAAUAAACGUGAUGACAUAACAGCCUCUGGUAUUUCACCAUAUAAAUGUUCCUGUUCUACACCUGAUGGGAAAACAAUUCGUCAGCUUACAGACUCUAAUGGAUGUCCUGUACCGGAUUCUCCUGUAUUUGCUCUAACCGGAAGUAAUGACUCAUACCUUACAUCCAAUGUAUUUGAUGCUUUCGCAAUUAAAGGAAGUUUAGGUCUCAUCUUCACUUGUAGUUUUGAAUUCUGUUUUGAAUCAAAUGAAACGAAGUGUGCUGAUAGAUGUGGUGAUUUCCGAAGUCGAUCCUCACUCGAGAUCAGAUCUAGAACAAAACGAUCAACAAAUGAGAAUAGAAAGAAUGGUCAAGCAUCAGCUUAUUUACUGUUGAUACCAAAAACACAGAAGGACAAACAAACUGAUAUGAAUAACCUCUCUGUAGACUCUGAUGGUACCGUUUCCAAACACGUGACUGUUAUAACUGGUUCCAUCUUGGUAUUGGUACUGUGUGGAGGUUUGGUCGCUGUCGUGAUGCUUGUACGAUCUAGUCGCACUAGAACUGUUAUGAAACAAACCAAUGUAAAAAUAACGGAAUAACUUUAUAAAAGAAAGUUGAAAUAAAAAUUUAAAUAUUAUCAAUAGUAUCCAGACUAUCAUGUUAAAAUCUGUAAUUUUUACUUCUUUCUUAUCGAUAGUUAAUUUGACAUGAAAAAAUUUAUGGUGCUUUAAUAAAUUGUACAAUGUCAUUAUAUUAAUGAAGAUCGGACAUGUGUUUAAUUAUAUGUAGGUUCAAGAAUUUUAUUGAAAAUUGGAGUUUUACUUCCACCAAGGUUGAUAUCGUAGACAAUAUUGAGAAUGAAAUUGUCAAGUAUAAGUUCAAUAAUAAUAAACAUAACAGAAUGAAACAUUUCAACCAAAGAGCGAAUAGUAAUAAUAAUAACAAAAUCAAACAUAUAGAUGUUAUACAUGUAUUGAAAUUAGAUUUUGAUAAUACAGUUAAAUAUAAAGGAAUUAGAAAUAUUAUAUACAUUAUUUACAUGAGUUAUUCAGUAAAUGGGCAUGAAUAUGGUUAACUACCCUUAUAAAAACGAACGCGAAACGAAGGCCGUUUCAUUAGUAAGACUGGUUUGUAAAGUGUUUUUUGAUUGGUUCGUAGACUUUAGCUACAAUCAAAGCCAAGACAGAUUAUUUGAAUUCGUGGAAACCCUAUGGAGUAAAACGGAAUGAGAUCUCUGGGGAUACCGAGGAUGGGAAAGAAAAAGCGCUAGUGUAGGGAGACCGGGGACUGCGUAAUGGCAGCGUAUAGUGUCAUUCGUCUGGAUGUAGUUACAUGUAUAUAAAUGUCGCAUGCCAGAAAGCUACAAAUUGUAGCUGAUAUUAUAAAUAAUUGCAUUUUGAUAGUUUAUUUAGUUUUUGGUUGCUGUUGUUAUUGUUUAAUUUUAGCUACAUUAUUUUGAAUAUUAAACUAUAUUAGGGUUUUUUUAAAUAAAAAAAUUGUAUUCAUUGUUGGGUGGUAGCCUAUAUAGUAAUAUUGUUGGUAUAGUGGUGGUAUGCUGUGAUGUUGGUUCAUUGUGUAACUUUAUUUGUAUUACUUUUGACUUGUAGCUAAGCUUAUCUACUCUAUUUUAAUUGUUUAAUUUUGUUUAGUGCUUAAUUUUCGCUACUUUAUUUUGAAUAUUAAACUACUUAGCUUUUUUAAUAAAUAUAGUUUUCAUUAUUGAGUGACAUAAUAAAUAUGGUAAUGUUGGUAAAUUAGUGGUAAACGGUCAUAUUGAUUCAACAUGUGGAGGCGUGUGGCUUCGUUUUAUUUUUAUUACUUAUAAAUUGUAGCUAAGAUUAUCAAAUGCAUUUUAAUUGUUUUAUUUUGAAAAUUAAACUUAAUUGUU